UUGAUGCUUGCGGAGAAUCAGAAUUUCUUCGACAAAAUUAUACGGAGAUUCGUAUUGAUGGGCGAAUUCGGCGCGACAAUGACGUAUAAUGACGCAAUGUGUAAAUUUUUCGGGAACACUAAAUUUAUUCGCAUCUCAACAAGCAAAAUAUUUGAGAUUCACAUGUGAAAUAUUGGAGGUGAAUACGGUUUUGUGUUUGUUUUCGGUGUUUCGGUGGUAACGAUGGCCAGCUCUCCGACGAGUAUUGAGACACAAAUAGAUAGCUUCUUAGAACAAUUCAAAAGAAGUGCCUCUAAGGCGAUGGAAGAAAGGAUGGAGUGGCCUGACGGCCCGUCUCCAGGUUCCAUGGUGAAAUCGCGCAGCAGCUGCUUCACUCUGGAUUCUUCAUCGGGUGAAGCAGAAUGCGAUGGCUGCGGCAGCGAUGGCGAGGAGGGACGCAGUGUCGGCGAACUGCUGCUGCCACAGUACGUGCUGGCGACCGGCGGGUUGGCGCGUGACCACCGCCCGCUGGUCACCUUCCCGGACAACAACAACUUCCAUAUGGUCACCGCCGCCGAAUACCGCCGCCUGCUUCUCUACCUCACUUCUGUGCCCUCACUAUUAGAAGCUGAGAUGGGCUUUCACAUAAUAAUCGAUCGGAGAAAAGAUAGAUGGAAUUCUGUUAAAGCUGUGCUUCUUAGAAUAUCGGAGUUUUUUCCGGGCAUGAUCCACGCGGUAUACGUUUUGCGGCCGGCGAGCUUUCUCCAGAAAGCGCUAUCUGAAGUUAGCAGCAAGCUUUUCAAGGAGGAGUUCCGGUUCAGGGUGCUCGUUUGCUCGUGUGUGGAGGAACUGUAUGAGCACUUUGACCGCUCGCAGUUGACGCCGGACUUGGGCGGUGAACUGCAGUAUUCGCAUUCGGAGUGGAUACAGCAGCGAAUAGCCCUGGAGAAGUUCUCAACGCUAAUGAAGGAGAUAUCGGGGAAGCUGGACGACUUUAUGCGAGAAAUAGUUGACUGCGAUAUGGGCAACGAUCCCACACAAACCAAAGAAUUAUUAGAAACACAAGAAUCUAGAUAUAAAGCUUUAAAAACCGAACUAUCGUCAGCGACAAGUCAGGGCGAGGAGUUGCUGUCGCAAGUGCGCAAACCAAAUCUUACUUAUAAUAUUAUUAGUCAUGUUGCUGCUGUUGAAAGGUUACUUGUACAAUUAGAUGAGACUGAAAAACAAUUCGACAAUUUUUGGCAGAAACAUUCAAUGAAAUUAAAUCAUUGGUUGAAAUUUAGAACAUUUUUAUUAAACUUUAAACAAAUGCAGGCUACUUUAGAUGGUCAUCUAAAAACAGCAUGUGAUAUGACGGAAGUCGGUGAAACAGCAAACAGGGUUGAAAGCCUUAUUGAUGAAGCCAACGACUUUGAAAAACUGUGCAACUGUGAUCUCAACUCUGCUUCAUCAGUUAUAGACGAAGGCGAGAUAUUAAUGAAAGAUCCGUUGAGUUCCGUUGACCAUAUAGAAUCAAAAUGCGAAGAAUUGAGACGAACGAGUUCCUUACUUAUAGAUAAAAUACAAAAGCGAAAUUUGCUACUGACCAAAGCCAGAGAAUUAAUGGAUAGGAUAGAUAAGGCAAACGACUGGUGUGCGACAGGCGUUGAGAUCUUAGCGGGAGAAGGUGGUCUCUUAGCCGUUGACAAGCUGCUAGAAGAUGCUAAGAGCUUCGGACUUACGGCUCCGGAGCAGUUCCGUGAUAUGCUCAUGCAGUCUGCUACUCAGGAAACCAGAGCACUAGUCACACAGGUGUGCCAACGAGUAGAGGACGUUUGGCUCAUGGUGUCGGUGAAGCGAGCGUCUCUAGUUCGCGCAGCGGCAAAACCCGCCCGCCCAGUGCAGUCAGUACCUCCACACAGCGCCGCUCUGCCUAUCAUAAACAACAACAAGAUGGAAACGUCAGGAGGGUCAGAGAGUUCUGGUGGUGAAGACGCAGAGGCGCGGCGGUCACGGAGAGGCCACGUUCUUGCCGAACUGCUGCAGACUGAGAGAGUGUAUGUGCAAGAACUUGGCUCCAUACUUAACGGCUAUAAAGAAGAGUUAGAGAAACCUGAAAAUCAACAUGUUCUACCAGCAGCUUUAGUGGGACAAACCGAUGUGUUAUUCGGAAACCUACACGAACUUUUCACAUUCCACCAAGACAUAUUCCUUAAAGACUUGGAAAGAUCUAUUUCGGCCACCGAACUAGUCGCGUUGUGUUUUGUUGAAAAGAGAGAAACCUUUUUCCGCCUAUACAGCUACUACUGUCAAAACAUCCCGCGGUCAGAGCGCUUGCGUGAAACGUUAGUGGACACACAUCUCUUCCUGCAAGCUUGUCAACAAAGGCUCGGGCACAAACUGCCGCUUGCUGCGUACCUUCUCAAGCCCGUGCAGAGGAUUACCAAAUAUCAGCUUUUGCUAAAGGAUUUGCUGCGCUACAGUGAAUGCGGUUCGAUGAGCACUGGAUUGCAGCAAGCGCUGGACUGCAUGCUGGUAGUCCUGAAGUGUGUGAACGACUCCAUGCAUCAGAUUGCUAUUACAGGCGUUCCUGUGGACCUAAAUCAACAGGGUGAGCUACUUCUGCAAAGUUCAUUCAUGGUGGUAUCAGAGAACAAACGCGACCUUCGACUCAGGAUAAGGCCGAGACGGCGACAUAUAUUCCUCUACGAGAAGGCCAUGCUGUUCUGCAAGUCAGCAACAAAGAAUAGCCAUAACAAAGCCACUUAUCAUUUCAAACAUGAUCUUCAAAUGUCACAAAUCGGUCUAACAGAGUCCGUGAAAGGGGACCCUCGCAAGUUCGAAGUAUGGCGGCAGGGCAGGUCGGAAGUGCACACGAUAACCGCACCCACCGUUGAAGUGAAACGCGCGUGGGUGGAGAGAAUCAAGCGAGUAUUGCUUGACCAGCUCAAUGAGCUCAAGGGCGAACGAGUGAGGCAGUAUGGCGCACAACACCACAGAACACUAAUACAAGCGAGUUCGUGGGACCUGGGUCCGGGCGGAGGAGGAAAUCCGCGUGUGGGCGCGGCCGUGGCUGCGGCGCGAGCUGCGUCCGUGGACGCGCACGACGAGCCAUGCUGGUCCACUGACCCCUCCGAUGACGACGACGACGAGCCAGAGCACGCGCCGGCGGUGGGAUGUACGCUGGUGGCACUGUCAGACUACACGGCUGUGGGCGCGAGCGAGGUCUCGUUACGCGAGGGGCAGCACGCCGAUCUACUGAAGGUGGGCUGCGCCGGCUGGUGGUAUGUGCGGCUUGCGGGUGGUCAAGGGGAGGGUUGGGCACCGGCGGCUUAUUUGGACCAGCGCAAAACUUCCCGGUCAUCGAGUCGAUCGCACGACCGACUGCACGACCACUGAACGCGAUACCCUCGCGCUAAGAGACUAUUCUACUUGCACAACGCUCGAUACUUAACGCGUCGCGAAAGUUGGAAAAGUGGUCUGUUAGGAUCUUAUAACCUAGCGAUUUUUGGGUGCAUCACCAGAGACAUGAUUUGUAUACUUUCGGCAAUAAUGAACACAUGAAUGCAAAAGUAGUGUGGCCUAGAUGCGACAUCCAAUUGUUUUAAGCGAAUUAAGCAAAGCUAUUCCAACUGAAUGGAUGAGCUAUUAUAGAGAUAAUUGGAUCAGCGAGGUCCUAUCACAAGAGGCUUUUGCCCAGCACAAGCACCUUAAUUAGGCGUAUGACGGAGAUGAGCACGAACGAGUGCUCUACAGUCCACAUCGAAGUGUCGAGUCAAACUAGCUGCUCUUGCUCAGCGAGGACUAACAAAUGCUUUAUCAACCAAUGGGCGUCCACUGCUGGACAUAGGUCUCUUGUACGGAGUCUUGUUUCGCAAGUCUUGCUCAUCCCUGCGACUCGUUUGAUAACGUCUGUCCACCUAGUCGGAGGUCAUAUAAAGAAUGAUUUCAAGCUCUCAAAUCGCCAGUAUUAUAACCUACCUGCUCGGGUUAGUACCUACGGAUACGGGUACUAGUUGCGUGCUUAAAGCGUCCCGCGAAUCGCACCUCAAAUACCUAAAUGACAACCACUAGUUUCAACUGUCAUGACGAAAGCGUGUACCUACUCGAUUAAACUGUUCAUAUUAGCUGGGAUACACUUCCAGAUCAUAUUAAAUCGUGUGAACUGUUCAACUAAUGCGGAAGAACAGUUGAAUUAAUGCUUGCGAUGGAUGUGUUUAGACUUAUGAAGGCUUAGAAUUUGCAAUUUGGAUGUUAGGUGUAGAAAAUUCGAUGUUAAAAUUUUUAGAAAUCGAUGUUUUAUUGUGCGCUACUUGGAUUGCAUUUUGGCCUUUUGAUUGUGGGUUGUAAAUUUAUGGUUUAUGAGUCUGUUGUUGUAUGAAUGUUUAUUUUUUAGUAAUUAUGCAGUUGUUUUUUUCAUAGGUGCUUGUGAUUAAGCCGAUAACAGAUAUCUGAUACCCCUCGACUCGACGCGUGUUUAUCAAAUGCAACCUUAGUAUGUUCUACUCGAAAUACAGCCAUUUAGAUGUCUAAUCAGAUUUUUGUUUUGAUUCUGGUUACCCUUCUAUACUUACAUGAAACACUAUCGAUAUUGUGACUAACUGACUUACCGUUGGAACACGCACAGCCUAAACUGGUGAAACUAAAGAUUUAGACAAGUAUUUUUAAAUCCUAUAGGUACCUAAGGUGGUCACUUUAGGCAUAGGAUUUUCGAGAAUGUAAUUUUCUGACUUAUUCAACGUUAAUUCAUGAGAAGCAUUUUUUUUAUCUUACAAAUGAAUUAAUAAACACUGGUUUUGAGUAAAAUCUAGAUUGACAUGUUGCAUAUAAAAAGCAUACUGUAGCAUACACACAUACACAUAUAAAAAGCAUACUGUAGGUUCACUACAUUACGGUAUGGUUUGAAAAACACGUGCCGCGUCUGGUGUACCAGCUAUGCAAUUGAGCGCCCUGGAUUUACAUCUUACGAGCUUAGGUCUCAAGUAACAGUUGGUAUAAUUGAGUGAUUUGUACCAACGUAAAAUUAAAUAUUGGUACUCAUUUUUGUAUUUGUCAUGUCUGAUGCUAAUAGAUUUGUGACUAUAGUUUCGAGCCUAUCCAUAAACAGUUUGUUUAACAUAAACAGCUACUUUAUUACAUGUUUUUUUAAGUGAAACUUCUUAAGCGGCGUUUUCAUAAUAUUUCGAACAAGAAUAGACGGUGAAAAUUCUAGUACGCAUGAACAUUUCGAUACAGACUAGGUGCAUACAAUACAAAGAGACGGAAGAGAGCUGGAAAUUGUAAGUUCUAUUUGUAAGUACGUACUCUGACGGGAUUAUAUUCUUGUUUCAAACGUGUCUCAUUGUAAUAUGGACCUUUGAAAAAGUAGAUCGAAACUUCAACG